AUGGACCAUUUCUUGGACGGAAGCAUGCUGUUGAGCGAUCAAUCUGGUCAAUCGCACAUGCCCGAUGGCAACGCGUGGAGCCACGCGCCUCAAGCCGAUAAUCUCGACGCUCAUUCAUUUCACCACAUCUUGCCACAUCAACGCAUUCCUUCCAGCAGUCACGGCGCAUCGGCUUCACUGAACCAGAUAGACGCCGACAUUGCUUUCUUCGCUGCGACGGAUCCCAGCAAGCACGCUAGUGGCCGCCAUGGAAAGGCAUACUCCUCGACUGGCCCCUUGGUCGGCAAUGCGUUGGGCCUCGACGCGCCGGAGAGCCAAGUUCACGCGUCCGGGCUCACCGGCAUGCACAAUGGUGUGAGCACCGCAGCGCUAAACGCGCCUGCCAUGGGGCUCUCUCAAUCGAUGCCUUCCUUCGAGAUGGUGUCACAACAUCGCAACGAUCGUCAGUCAGGCACGCACGAUGAUAGCGGGCACCAGCGACACGAGCAGACCAUCGAGUCUGGCAGAGGUGUCGACUUUAUCCACUCGUCCUUCAACUUCCGUCGACCGUCAGUCUCCAACGCAUCCGACAGCAGCGCGUCACAGUCCGCCCACGGCCACGGUCAAGGUAGCGUGCGAGGCGACACUCAGUCUCCAUCGACGUUGACGCCGCUGCAAUCCCCAGCUGGUCUCGUGACACCGCUUUCUGCCAUGUCGGGUCUGGCUUUGAGCACGCCUGCCAGCUCUUAUUCGCCAACAAAGCCAUACAACUCGUCUUCCGUCGACGGCUUUAGGCAUCGACUCUCCUUCCCCGGCGACACCCACGGGGAGCUGUUGUCUUUGUCUCAAGGGAGGGAUGUGGCGCCGACGUCGGCGUCUUCCGUCAUGGGCCCACCCGCGCUCACUCGGCGCAGCAGCAACCUCGGCCACGCCGUCUACACUGGCGGAGCAGCAGGCAGCUUUCGGCCAAUGUCCCAGUCCCAAUCGCUCCUCUCAACUCCGUUUCGAGACGAUGAUGUUACACCUGUGCCGUCUUCUUCAAGCAGAUUCGAAGGUCACGGUGCUUCGUCUCAAGUUGCAACGAUGGCUGCUACCCCCUUUACGCCAGCAUCUCGGCACCGUGCUCCCACCAUGUCCUUGUUCUCAUCGACCGGCUCCGGUGCGACGCCUGGCCACUCGCACUCUACCACCACGACCCCGGACGACCACUUUGCGGCGGGACACGAUUCGCCGUUCCAUCGAAACAAUGGGCACCUCAUGCUCUCCCGUCACGCAUUGAGUCGCUUUCCUUAUGGCGAUGUCCCACUCGAAGUCAUGUGGGCGGAGAAGGAGCAGCAGCGUGAACAAGACGUUUCCAGCACCAACAUUGACCAAGACUGGAGCGAGGGCGAGUCUGCAGGAAGCAGCCCUGGACUUCUUUCCAUCGAUCAGCUUCACAACGGUGCCAACGCUCUUCAGCACUCUCAAAGCUCGACAGAUCAAGAGGGCGUAACUAUGAGCAGGACUGCAUCGGCACCGUCUCUUGCACAGCUCAGCCUAGGACAGCAUUUAUUCACACCGCACUACAACUCCCACUCUACAUCGCUGGCCUCGGAAUCGCCGGUGGCUUAUCCCUCGUCUUGCUCAUCGAACGCCCUUCCGUCCCCUUCCUAUGAAGACACACAUUUCGGUGUCACGAUGACGACGUCUCGCAGCAUGUCCAAUCUGCAAUCUCCCGCUGCCAUUUCGCCGCUGUCUCUCGUCGACGGCAAACAAAGGCGGCCACGUGCAUUCAGCUCCGUGCAUCAAGGCGAGACGAGCAAUGUGGCCGGCGAGCAGGAUGCUAGAGCUACCGGUCCAUCCCGCACACCCAGGAGCCGUGCUCGCAAUAGCGGUCCACCCCCACUGAUCGUCAGCUCGGCAGACAAGUCCCACGUUUGUCACUGCGGGAAGCGUUUUAAACGCAUGGAGCACCUUAAGCGUCACAAUCGCACCCACACCCAAGAACGGCCGCACAGGUGUCCUUUCCCAACGUGCGGCAAGAUGUUCGGCAGGACUGAUAAUCUCGCCCAGCACCUCAAGACGCACUACCGCGGGAUGGGCCCAGACGGAAACGCUAAAUUGAUGGCGCUUGCAAAGGGCGAAGACGACGGUUCCGAUCUCGAAUUGCUCUACUCGGCGCGUCACGGCAACGAGCCGCGUCACGACCCGCACGCCGCAGCUUCCGCUGCUGCAGCAUCCACGGCAUCGAAAGUGCACGCAGCAGCAGCAGCGGCUGCCGCCGCCGCCGCCAAGCGCCGCAGCACAAUCAGUGGUGCACCGCAAGAUAAUGCCCUUGGCGGUCCGAUUACAUUGACCAGGCCUCAAGCCACCUUCAGUGGCCGCGAGCCGCUCGCACCCGCCGGCAGCGUCAGUGCGAAUACCUCACCAAGCUACGGUGCGCAUGCCUAUUAG